UCAGGUGCCGGGCAUGGGGCUGCUGACCGAGCUGGCCCGCGGGCUGGUGCGGGGCGCCGACCGCAUGUCCCCGUUCACCAGCAAGCGCGGCCCCCGCAGCUACAACAAGGGCCGCGGGGCCAAGAAGCUGGGCGUGCUCACCUCCAACAAGAAGUUCAUCCUCAUCAAGGAGAUGGUGCCUCAGUUCGUCGUCCCCGACCUGGAAGGAUUCAAGCUCAAGCCCUACGUCUCGUACCGCGCCCCUGAGGGCUCUGAGCCGCCCAUGACGGCCAAGCAGCUCUUCACCGAGGUGGUGGCUCCCCACAUCGAGAAGGACGUGAAGGAAGGGACUUUUGACCUCAGCAACCUGGAGAAGUACGGCUUCGAGCCGACGCAGGAGGGCAAGCUCUUCCAGCUCUUCCCCAAGAACUACGUGCGGUAGGGAGCGAGCGGCAGGG